AUGGAGUUGCUUAAAUUAUCCAAAUUCAAGCUCCAGCUUCGAACGCUCAUCACCGAAGUCCGAGAACUCAGAGAAAAGGAACGCUCUGCCACCGAGCAACUUCGUCUUCUUAUUCAGAAACAAAAGCAAACCGAGGAAGAAUAUGGGAGGAGAUUACAGGAAUCGCAGGCUGAAUUAGCUUCUUCGAAUGAGCUGCGCCAAAAACUCGAAAGAGAGGUAAGGUACCUUCAGAAUGACAAUUCUAUGCUCGAGAACAAGCAAAAAGAGUUGAAAGGAACGAUACAAAGCCUACUCCAGUCGAGGGACACAUUCGUUAAUGCUUAUGAGGAAUCCACUUGUGAAAUGAAACGCUCAAUUCAGUGCAGAGAUAGAAAGCUUUCUGUCCUAUCUGAGAAGAUUAAAUAUCAUCUAUUGCUAUUUGAUUCAAUAGAAAAGGAGGCAACGUCUGUAAAGAAAGUUGUGGAUAACGUGCAACGUAUCGUGAGUGAAAAAGAGGAAGUAGGCAAGCAGCUGUUUGAAUUCUUAAUGCACGCUUAUAUUGAAUUUGAAGCUGCAGUUUCAGAUUCCUUCUAA